AUGCAGUCUCAAAGUGACAAGGAAAGAUCGCAUCAGCAUGAUCAAAACACGUUUAAUUCGGUAAACCAGUAUUUUCAGAACAUCCAAAAUUAUGAUGUUGUUAACGACGUCAAUUCUGCACUGGCCGUGGACUUAUCGUCAUUGAACCAUGCACAUGAUGACGUCGAAGGCUACACAGUUCACAUCGACCCCAGUAUAGCCCAUGAAAAUACAGGUACGAGGACUGUGGAUGUUGCGACUACCGCCUUGCAGUUGCAAGGAGGAAAAACCUCUGACUCGAGAUACGAAGACGUCAAUUUGCCAGAAGGCUUCGACCCAAAGAGAGUUUGCAGGUUCUGCGGCAAGACUUUUUCGCAUGUGGGGUCUCUAGGAAGACAUCUAGAUCAGAAAAAGGGAACUGAUGGCCAUCCAGCGGAACAGAUCGAUAUUAUGAGAUCCGACGUGCGGAGACGUGGUGAUCCAGAAUCAGUUAGGCGAAAGAGACUAUUGCGUUCCCAGAGGUACAAUAGAAGAGAGGAUGUUAAGGAAAGAAAUAGAAUACGAAGGAGAAAGAAGUCGAAGGAAUAUCGUGCAAAGGAACUCGCUGUAAAGGAUUUCAUUGCCACCUUGAAUGUUCCUACAAUGUCGCAGCAUCCUUCCUUUCCGAGGAUGGUGCUAUAUUUCUUACCUCCGUCGCACUGGCCUCAUGAUCCUCCAACGCUGCAAACAUAUAAAACAGUGAACGUGUGGAUUCAGCAAGAAGUAGAUGGCACGUUGGAGAAUCAUGCUGAGAAACUGAAGAGCGCGUAUGGCAACUGGACCACGUUGUCAGGAAGUGCCAAACACGAGAUGUGGAUUCGUGAACAGAGGAUAUGUGCCCAGGAAGCAUUGGGUUCUUUGUCGCUAUUUCAACUUGCUACAAGAGAUGAUUGGAUUGCGAAGAUGGCCACUAAAAAACUGGCCAUGAUCAACGCUGGUCAUGAAAUGGCUCAAGAUGUGAUGUCUGGUUCUGAUGAGAAGGAGGAAAAUGAGGAUAACGAGGAUGGAAACGAUUCGAGGUUUUACCAUAAUCCGGAUGAUGUUAAUAGCGAAGCUGAUCAGGAUGCAACCAGCGAGGCUCUAGCAGCUGUUGCAGCAGCCGUUGCAAGCCAGACGUCUCGAGAUUAA